AUGCAUUUCUCCAUUGUCGCCUUGAUCAUCACCACAGCCUCCCUAGUGGCCGCUGACACAACAUCAUUGGCCCAGUGCGGCACCUGCAAUCCUAUCUCGGGCGAGAACUGGUGUGACCCCUCCACCUCGUGUAUCAACACGGGAAAAUCCUUCCAUUGCGCCUGUCGUGCUGGCUACAAGGCGUCUCAGUACAACAACGACUUGUACCAUCAGUUUCGCCUGCCGAUGCCGAACUAUGAGUUCCUUGUUUUCGUCCCUGAGGACACAGCUUGCAACAUGCCAUGCGAUGAUGUGUAUGCUGCUCCUUCCGACCUUUGCAACGAGGUCAGGCUUCAAAACCAGUGCGAGGCUUAG